ACAGUCAGCAUGAGCAACACCGGCAUGAACAUGAGGGGCAAGAUCACCUUCUACGAGGAGAAGAACUUCCAGGGCCGCUCUUAUGAGUGCAUGAAUGACUGCUCUGACAUGUCCUCCUACCUGAGCAGGUGCCAGUCCUGCAGGGUGGAGAGCGGCUGCUUCAUGGUGUACGACCGCACCAACUACAUGGGGAACCAGUACUACAUGAAGAGGGGCGACUACUCCGACUACCAGAACUGGAUGGGCAUGAGCGGCGUCAGGUCUUGCCGUAUGAUCCCCAUGCACAGGGGACAGUUCAGGAUGAAGAUCUACGAGAGGGAGAGCUUCGGCGGUCAGAGUCACGAGAUGAUGGACGACUGUGACAACAUCAUGGACCGUUACCGCAUGAACGACUGCCAGUCCUGCAACGUGAUGGACGGCCACUGGCUGAUGUACGAGCAGCCCCAGUACAGAGGCAAGAUGAUGUACAUGAGGCCCGGAGAGUACAGGAGCUUCAGGGACAUGGGCAUGAGCGGCAUGAGGUUCAUGAGCAUGAGGCGCAUCAAUGAUUCCUGCAACUAAAUGAUAACAAAAUGUUUCUUGAAUGCAUCAAAAGCCAAUAAAUGAAAAAUUUCUACAGA